AUGUCCGAAUCCUCACUUUCCGAUGGCGCGCCGUCGGAGGUGGUGCUGGAACAGGCUUUGCGGAAUGCGGUCAGAGAGGUCUACCGGAGUGGGGACCUGGAUCAACUAACAGUCAAACGAAUUCGCAAAUUUGUGGAAGCAGAUCUCGAUUUACAAGAUGACUUCUUCAAGAAUAACCCUGCGUGGAAAGAAAAAAGCAGAAACCUUAUUCAAUCUGAAGUAGACAGCCAAGCCGAUGCCAAUGCCAAUGCUGAACAGCCCUCCUCAAUUCCGUCUCCACGCGCACCUCCCAAAAGCAAAAGGGCACAAUCGAACCUGCCUAAACCACAGAAGCCGGAUCGGGAUUUUCGAGGAACGAAGCGCGCCUCCAGCGAGAAGGCAGGACCUAACAAGCGUCAGAAGAAGGAAACGCUUGAUCCGGAAGGCUCUGACAGUGAAGAGAAGGAGGCACCGAGAAAGAAGCCCAUACCAAAACCGAAGAAGCGCGCCUGCAGUGAGAAGACAGGACCGAAAGAACGUCAUCAGGAGGAGAUGUCGGAUUUGGAUGGCCCUGGUAGUGAAGAGCAGGAGGUUCUCAGCACGAAACCCGUGUCCAAGCUAGGGAAGAGUACCUCGAGCCCUUCUCCAGAGCCGGAAACCAUCGAGAAAGCUGAUCAAAUCUCGAAUCACAUCAGCGGCAACUCGAAGGCCAAUGGAAAGAAAGCUGAGGCAUCGGAAAGCGAGAUGUCCGAGGUCCUUGAUGAGGCGCCCAAGAGAAAGGGCCGAAAGCGAAAAUCGGGUUCCGCAAAGCCCAGUGCGAGUACCAAUGGAGCGAAAGCAGACGCAUCGGACAGCGAGAUGUCUGAGGUCCUGGACGAAGCUCCCAAAGCAAAGGGCCAGAAGCGAAAGUCGGAUUCGGCGAAGCCUAGCGCGAAGAAGACGGAAACCUUGAAGCGCAAGAAGUCCUCGGAACAGUCUACCGACCCGGGCGCGGAGGAGAUCAAGCGACUUCAAGGAUGGUUGAUUAAAUGCGGUAUAAGGAAAAUGUGGCACAAAGAGCUGGCUCCAUAUGACAACUCCAAGGCAAAGAUCGUUCACCUCAAAAAGCUGUUGGCUGACGCUGGGAUGACGGGAAGAUACUCCGUUGAGAAGGCCAACCAGAUCAAGGAUGAGCGAGAGUUACGGGCCGAUCUUGAAGCUGUACAGGAAGGGGCCAAGCAAUGGGGCAAGGCAGAGGCUGAGGGAGAGGAUGAAACCUCGGGUAGGCCGAAGAGGCGACUGGCAAGAGGUCUGCAAGAACUUGCUUUCCUGAACGAUGAUGACGGCGAAGAGACCGACUAA